AUGAGCACUGACUCAACAACAGUAAGGGACCAAUUUUUCAACUUGGUGUAUUUUGCAAUCUAUUCAUCAGCAAGUGAUAGUAGCGCAGCAAUUGGUGGCUUAUUUUGGCAACUUCUAGCAGAAGGAAUGGAUUCUUUUAGAGAUGGCUAUGAAGUGCCCUUAGAUGAUACUUGCUCAACUGCUACUUUGAUUGCUCAAGAGUCUCAAAAGCUAAACAGAAUCAGGAUGAAGAAAUCCUUCAGAGUUAAGAAUUCCAAGCAGUGGAAUAAAGCUAGGGAAGUUAAAGACUGA